GCUCGCCAGCCCCUCGGCUCCGGUCCGCUGCCGCCCCCACAGCCGGCCAUGCCCCGCCUGCAGCUCGCCGCGGCCCUGCUGCUGCUCUGCGGCCCCCUGACGACCCCGCGGGCCCAGGAGGUGCUGCAGCCCCUGCUCGUGGACGACGAGUGCGCCGCCGGCGGCGCCGCCGGCGACGAGGCGUGCAGCGUGCAGAUGCUGCAGGCGGGCGCCAGCAAGCAGGACGGCAAGGGCGCGGCCUCGAAGAGCAUCCCGGACCUGGCCGCGGCGGCCGGCGCGGCCGCGGCGCGCGCGGCUGCCGUGGCGCUGCUGCAGAGGCAGUCGGGGGAGGGCGCCGAGGCCGCGGCCGGCAGGGCCCAGGGGUCGGGGUCGGUGGACCGCGCCACCGCGCGCAAGACCUGCGGGUCCACCGGCAGCAGGUGCUGA